GCUAUUCAAAGGCUUACUGCCUCCAACAGAGGAGGUAGAAAAUAGCUGUUGUGGCAGUCAGCCACCGAUAGCCUUCUCCACAAAUUUUUCUAAUCCUCCUUUAAAGGAAUCCAGGUGAUUUCGGAAAAGCAGCUAUGGAAAAAUGGAGCUUAAUGACAAUUACUACAUUACUAGGCCUUCUUGUCCGUUGGACUGUGUCACUUGGUUCUUACUCAGGUGCAGGAAAACCACCUAUGUAUGGAGACUACGAAGCUCAAAGACACUGGCAAGAAGUUACCUACAAUCUGCCAGUGAAACAGUGGUACUUCAACACCAGUGACAAUAAUUUGCAAUACUGGGGCCUUGACUAUCCACCCCUUACUGCUUAUCACAGUCUUCUGUGCGCUUAUGUAGCGAAGUUAAUCAAACCAGAUUGGAUUGCUCUGCACACAUCUCGUGGGUUUGAGAGUCAGCCACACAAGCUAUUCAUGCGGGCAACAGUUUUUGUUGCUGAUAUGCUAGUUUACAUACCUGCAGUAAUCUUGUACUGUUGUUAUUUAAAAGAGACUUCAGCUAAGAGGAAGAUUUCUAGUGCUCUCUGCAUACUGCUUUAUCCAGGACUCAUUCUGAUUGAUUAUGGACAUUUUCAAUAUAAUUCUGUGAGCCUUGGAUUUGCUUUGUGGGGAGUGCUUUGCCUGUCUUACGAUUUGGACCUCUUGGGCUCAAUAGCAUUCUGCUUGGCUCUAAACUACAAACAAAUGGAGCUGUACCAUUCAUUGCCCUUCUUCAGCUAUCUCUUGGGAAAGUGCUUCAAAAAAGGCCUGGUGGGGAAGGGGCUGUUACUGUUAAUGAAACUGGGGUUUACCGUAGGUGUUUCUUUUGCUCUCUGUUGGCUCCCGUUUUGUACAGACGUUGAACAAAUUUUGCAAGUGUUCAGAAGGCUCUUUCCAGUUGAUCGAGGUUUGUUCGAGGAUAAAGUGGCCAAUGUUUGGUGCACCGUAAGUGUUUUUUUCAAAGUAAAGGCAGUGCUGGCAGCAGAAACCCAACUUAAACUAAGCUUUGCCUUAACAUUCCUGACUGCACUUCCCAGUUGCAUAAAACUAACUCUGCAGCCUUCUAUCAAAGGAUUUAAAUAUGCUUUGGUUAGCUGUGCAUUAUCCUUCUUCCUGUUCUCAUUCCAAGUGCAUGAAAAAUCUAUUCUUCUAGUUUCAAUACCCGUCUGCUUAGUUAUACAUGAAAUUCCUUUUAUGUCUACAUGGUUUCUACUUGUUUCAACCUUCAGCAUGCUCCCCCUUCUCCUGAAGGAUGGCCUGCUCCUGCCAUAUAUUGCGACAACACUGGCCUUUCUCACAGUGUGCGCAACUUCUUUUUCAAUAUUUGAAAAUACUUCUGAAGACAAUAUGCAGCUAAAAAUUUUCCCCACUUCCAUUAGACGAUGCAUUCCAUGGUUCAGAACGUUCUCAAAGAUUAUUAGGAGUUCAUUCCUUGUCUCAAUAACUCUGAUGGGCAUCCUGACUUUAAUGAGUGCUACAUUGGAUCCUCCACAAAGGCUACCAGAUUUAUUUCCUCUAGCUGUCUCUGCUGUAUCCUGCUUGCACUUUCUAUUCUUCUUGCUAUAUUUUAAUGUCAUUGCAAUAUGGGAAUCAAGAGAUAGCCGAAAUCAGAAAAAAGCCAAUUAGGUCAAAGUGCCAACCCGCAAAACUAAUGACUAAAGCCAGGGAAAACCUUUUAAUAUUUUCAUAGAACUAUGUCUUAAAUCAUAUGUAAUGUGAGGUAUAAAUUGCUUUCUUAUUUUAUGUAUUUGCUGGGGAAAGCCACACAAAAAUGUUUACAUGUCAAUUUGUGCUGUUUCAGGAAUGUGAAUAGCCAUUAUUAAGAGAGGUUUGAAAUGGACUCUUUGUCCUCUGUAUGCAAUAAAAGGGAAACAUCAUACUUGAUUAUUUGUUGAAGAUGGAAAGCUACUGUUACCUUGAAAACAACUAAGUAAUAUUUUGACCACCUUUACUGGCUUAUUUUGAAUAAAAUUUCCAAAUUAA